AGUCCCCACGGCGCUGUACACUCUCGCACGCACCCGUCGGUGUCUGCACUUCCCCCAGCACACGACAAACAGGGGAAAUCGACGGCGGGCACAGCGCAUACGGUGUGGGCUCGGGAGACAAUGGCGCCGAAGCCGAUUGCACCGCAGGCGCAGGAGUCGAACUACGCUACGGUGUUCAACAUCGGCUUUCGCCCCCCUCACAAACCGCUGCCCACCGGUGCCAACACGAAGCUCAAAUGUCCUUCAUGCGGCGUGUGGGCGCUGAAGGGAUCCACCUGUAAAGUCUGCCGCACCCCUAUUCCCGGCCCGCGCCGCAUCGCCAAUCGUUCCUCCCCUGCGCCGCUUACCGAGGUCGGCAAGGCUCGCUCUUCCAAGAAAGGUACUCCGCUGGCGAACGGCAGGCCACCUGCUCCAGCUGUCGCCCAUACAGAAAACAGGUAG